GGGCGGCAUGGGUGCCUCAACUGUCAAUCACCGUGUCCCGGCUGGUGAUUACUCACCAAUGCUUGGUGAUUGCUGAGCAUCUCCAACGGGGGGUGAGAACUGUUUGCAAACAAAACAGUUCUCACCCCUGUCAGCUCCUGCACACUGCUUUGCAUGGCUGUGCAUAGAACAGCCUGUGAAACACAAACACGCAGACUCACAAUAAAACACACACAGCACGCGGUUAACCAUUUGAUCGCCCCACAUGCUAACCCCUUCCUGCCCAGUGCCAUAAGUACAGUGUCAGUGCUUUUUAUUAGCACUGAUCACUGUAUUGGUGUCACUGGGGAUGUCAGUGACACCAAGUCAGUUCCGCCCAGUGUCAGAAUGCCCGCCGCAGUCCCGCUAUAAGCCGUUGA